GAAGAGCAUCUGAUUGCUAAGACAUGUAUUCCAUAAGGAUAUCAUUGGGACAUACAAGCCUCUCCACGCUGGUGUUUCUAACCUGGGCUGCAGUAAUGGUGCACUGCAGUUGCCCUGAGAAGUGCUCCUGCCCCUCCCCUGCCCCCAAAUGCCCACCGGGCAUCAGCUCUGUGCUGGACGGUUGUGGCUGCUGUAAAGUGUGUGCCAGGCAGUUUAACCAGGACUGCAGCUCUAGCGAACCCUGCGAUCACAUCAAAGGUCUGCACUGCCACCUAGGGGCUGGAGGGGAUCCUGACCGUGGUCUGUGUCGAGCUGAAGCCCAGGGACGGCCCUGUGAGCUGAACGGCCGCAUCUACCAGCACGGCGAAGACUUCCAGCCCAGCUGUGAGCACCAGUGCAGCUGCAUGGACGGUGUGGUGGGCUGCAUGCCCCUGUGCCCGCACUCCAUGCCCCUGCCAGGCUGGCACUGUUCCCGACCACGUCUCGCCAGGCUGCCAGGCCGCUGUUGCGAGGAGUGGGUCUGUGACGACGACAACCGCAUCAGGGAGGAGGAGGAGGAGGAGGAGGAGGAGGAGGAGGCUGCCAGGAGGCCGGACGAGCUGCAGCCUGCCCUGCCUAGGCACCCCGAUCUGGGCAGCAACGAGCUGCUGGUGGCCCCCACUCCCUGGGACUCCACUGCUGGAGCUCCAGAACAAGAGUGGAUCUCCUCCACCCAAUCACAUGCCCUCAUGCCCACCAAGUGCUUCCUGCAAACCACUGAUUGGUCUCCGUGCUCCGCCACCUGUGGGAUGGGAGUGUCUAGUCGCGUAACCAAUGACAACCCAGAGUGUCGGCUGGCCAGGGAGACACGCCUUUGUCAGAUUCGCCAGUGUGACGCUGACAUAAUGCCACUACUCAAGAAAGGGAAGAAAUGCCAGCGCACCACAAGGCCCAGAAAGCCUGUGGAGAUCACCUUCGCCGGCUGCUCGACCACGCGGAGGUAUCGGCCACGUUCCUGCGGCUCCUGCUCUGACGGGCGCUGUUGCGAGCCUUCUCAGACGCGCACUGUGCGGCUGCAGUUCCACUGCACUGACGGACGCAAAGACUUUGCGCGUAACGUUAUGUGGAUCCAGCGCUGCAGCUGCAGUCAGAGCUGCGAGCGCCGUGGCCUGGCGUCCUUCCCAGAAUCCCUCAGUCUCCCCAAUGACAUCCACACCUACAGCCACUAAGCCCUCGCUCUCCUCACCCCGCCUGGCAGGCCAUCAGGGUUAUUUCCUUUCCCUCGUACCUUUGCUACUGAGGCCAAUGGCAACGGCCUUCAUACCAAACAUACUUCAGCCCUGACAAUGUCUUCCAUUUCAUUGUAAUGUUGGAUCUGAUGUGACUAUGGCAGCACAUUAAUCUUAUGUUUAUGAAACUUUGGAUCUCUCUCAGAAAAAAAAGUGUAAACUAAAACAAGUGCUGUUUUGUGUAAAACCUCCACUCUGUGUGAAUGGAUGUAUUUAUAAGAGCAGGGAAGUUGGGACCCUGACAGGGGAUGAUGACACACCAAACCCUAAUUUUUGUCAGUUGUAUAAACAUGCAGACUAAACAGACAGUAGAAGCUCUGGACCUAGUCUAUCUGAAGAGACAUUGUUUAUUCAGUAGACACGUCGGGAGACAAUGGCUGUCCUAAUUUGACUAUUUCCUUUUCCCCGACUUUUUGUUUUGUCUAGAUUGUACCAGUGACUGAUAUGUUUCCUGGUCAUUGGGCAUACCUUAGUGGCAGGGAAAGUUCACGUUUUCACAUAGGCCUUUCAUGCAAGGGUUUACAAAUCCUGUCCUUAAAACUCCCUGAACCACUUGACAGACAAGAGUAAAAAUAUCUUGCUUAUAUUUUUAUACAUAAAAUUAUUCACAGUCAUGACCAAAUUAUAAGUUAUUUUUCAUAAAGUUGUUGGUUUUUGUUUAUUUUAUUGUAUCCUGAAGCACACCUUGACAUUUUAAAGUCAUUCAUAGUAUUGUAAAAACUGUAAAUAUGUAUUUAUGUAGAUGUACAGUGAAUGUAAAAGUUUAUCUUAUAUUAUUGCUUUUGUACAGACUUCAUUCAUUAUGGAGUGUCUCAUUGUAAAUACCACCUCAUUGAGGUGAGCAUUUGUGUAUAUUUAUAAGUUUAUACCAAAUCGUCAUUACUGAUGUCUGUCAACACAAUAUGUUCUUAUGAAGUCUGAUAAAUUGAUUCAACCUUUUUGUAAGUUUGUUACUGCUCUGACUAAUACAAAUAAUAACUGAAAAGAAGGUUUGUCUCUUUCCAUUAAGGAUGAAAACAUACGCACUAUUUUAGUGAAUUCAAAUGGAUUCCAUUAAAUAAAAAUACACUUUAUAUUUUCUUUCUGAAAAAUCA